AUUACAUUUGCAGUAUAUAAAUAGAGAGAGCAUUAGUUUCGGGUUAGAAAGGACGCUUUCUACAGGAAACUUUGAUAUCAAGCGGUUCAAAAUGCACAGGAAAGGCAUGACCCAGGUCUUAGCUAGGCUAUCUUUUAUAGGGACUCUGGGUCAUGUUACAAGAGUUUCGCCACAAUUUGAAAAGUCAAGAAAAGUAAGUGGGCCUAGAGCUUUGCAACCCAGUCAGUGGGGUAUGCUAUGCCCUUGUGAUACUCCAGAAGGUGAGGCUUGUGGACUGGUAAAAAACUUGGCCCUCAUGACUCACGUUACGACUGAUGAAGAGGAAGGCCCAUUGGUUUCUCUGUGCUACUGUUUGGGUGUUGAAGACUUGGAACUAUUAUCAGCAGAAGAACUUCACACGACAAAUUCUUUUCUUGUUAUAUUUAAUGGGUUGAUACUUGGAAAGCAUAGAAGGCCCCGGAAAUUUGCCGACUUAAUAAGAAAGCUGCGUAGAGCAGGGAAAGUUGGCGAGUUUGUAAGUGUCUUCAUGAAUGAAAAGCAGUGUUGUGUUUACAUAGCUUCUGAUGGAGGUCGAGUUUGUCGUCCACUUGUUAUAGCUGACAAGGGCAUAUCGAGGAUCAAAGAGCAUCAUAUGAAGGAAUUGUUGGAUGGAGUGCGGACUUUUGAUGACUUCUUACGUGAUGGAUUAAUUGAGUAUCUUGAUGUCAAUGAGGAAAAUAAUGCCCUGGUUUUGUGCUAUGGGAAAACAAGCAAUGGGAAAUAUUGCAUACAACCAGGCAAGUGGUUCCAUUCUUUGGGUCGAAUGGACACACUGCUUUACCUAUUGGUCUAUCCUCAGAGGCCUUUGUUGACUACAAGGACAAUUGAACUGGUUGGAUAUGACAAGCUUGGAGCUGGUCAGAAUGCAACUGUUGCUGUGAUGAGCUAUAGUGGUUAUGACAUAGAGGAUGCUAUAGUUAUGAACAAAUCUUCCCUAGAUCGUGGGUUUGGUCGUUGUAUUGUUAUGAAAAAGUAUUCUGCCAUCAACCAAAAGUAUGAGAAUAAUGCAUCUGACAGAAUACUCAGGCCACAAAGAACAGGACCUGGUUCAGAAAGGAUGCAGUUUGAUGCAACACAACAGAUUGAGAUCUAG